GACGUUUGUGUUUUUUUUUUGAGACGCGAUUACUGCAAAUCUUGUUCGUUUUCAUAAAUUUCCUAGUCCAUUGCCUGAUACACGUGCGUUUAUGCAUCAUCGAGGCGUAAAGUUUGAUGUGAUGUUCGAUGGUUCGAUCGACGCGAGUAAAACCGUUAUCGCGAUUCUCGGAAUUCGAUGGCUACGUUUGUACCUAAUGUGUGCGUUUAGAGAUGAAGGGAUGACGUUACACCGCGUCUGAAAAGUUGUUUGUGUCAGAGAUUUUGAUGAUUUUUGGAAUUUAAUGAUAGUUACGUUUUCACAUACAGACAAAAAUUUUAGGAUAACUGCAUAAUAUGUUCACAAACAAUUGGUUGUGAGUGUAACCCUUUUACUCGCCCUUUGAUAAUCAAGGACUUUAUGUAAAUAUACCAGAGAAUUAACGAUAGAAGCUUCAUACUUUUGAAGGAAAUUAUACUUUUACAUUGAUAGCUACAGUUUUGUACAGUAUCCUUGUAAGCAGCCGAUAUGGAAGAUCGUAGAUACAGUAUACGAAAAAGGUUACGAGAGUACGACGUCCCGGUGGAAGAUUACAUCGAAGCUGGAAAUUACAGGGUUUCGCCCAUUUACAAGUUACCCGAUCAUUUGUUCUUAAAGAUAUUCUCAUACCUUCCACUCCGUGACAGAUUUCGAAUACAAAGAGUAUGCAAAUUUUGUCAAAAACUGAGUAUCGAAGCUUGGGAAUCUUACAACACUUUAACGCUCAGUUUGGAAGACUGGGGCUGCGAUCUCUCUUUCAAUUUCCCCAUGGACAAGUAUUUGGUGCUGAAAAAUAUACUCCAAGUGUGCGGGCCUUUCAUAACUUGCCUUGAUCUACGCCGUUCGCGGAAAUGUACCGUAUGGAAGCGAAUUCCCGUAGACAAUUUUCAUCUUAUAACUAUCAUCGGCGAACACUGCCCGAACCUUCUUGCGAUUGACAUACCAUUGUUAUACAAUAAUAAUUCUAAGUCUAUAAGAUUUUUAUUAGAAUCAGCAAAAAAACUGAAGGAGUGGACUUUUCGUUUGGAGGAAGAUGAACGGUUCUACAAGGAAUGGCCACUUCAAAUACCAGGCCUAAAUUUAACCAACAACCAAUGUCUUCGUAAACUAGUGAUACAUGUACCUCUGGCAGCAUCGAGUAUCUGGAACACACUCAAUCCUCAAACCGUCGAGGAAAUUGAUACUGUCUUCGAAAAUAUCAAUGAUGAGUUUUGUGAAGCUUUACAAAAUUGGGUGAAAUUAAAAAGCAUCAGUCUUUUGAAUUCAUCGUAUAUCUUUGUAAUUCGUCAGACACACCUUUGUAAUACAAUUCGUAUCGAAGCCGUGUUAAAAUCAUUAAUGUCAGUCAAAAAAAGCUUAAAGCGAAUAGUUAUUCACUGUCUGCGCAUCAGACGUCCAAAUUAUGCAAAAAUCGAUCAUAACUUAAUCGAUGCAUUUAAAAAUAUUGAAAUACUAGAGCUUAGCGAAGGAGAUUUGUGGCUCAGUCGCGAAUUUUUCGAAGCCCUUGGUAAAAACUGUCAUAACUUAAGGCGCGUAUAUCUUCGAGCUCUUGAAGCAUUAGAUGACGUCAAAAUGUUGUACAUUACAGAAUUACCGAAGUUAGAGGAGUUAGAAUUAACAUCUUUGGAUCUGAUCUCAGACGUGAUAUUUAUCAAUAAUUUGUUGGUUUUGAAAAAAUUGCGCUGCACAAACUGUCGAUCUCUGGAGGCUUUUGGAUUUUGCGAACUCAUGCACAACUGUAAAACAAUUGAAAGCAUAGAAAUAACGCAAUGCAAAAAUGUUUGUAUCGAAAAAGUUCUUAGCGAAGCAAAAUUAAUAACUGAAAGUCGAACGGAUAGGCCUCUUAGAAUUAAAAUCGAAUAAACUCAAGAAAUCUCGGAAAAUUUUACCAAAUUUUCACAUUCAUACUCCGCGGAUUUUUAGUUAACCAUGUUUAACUAUUUAUAGUGAAACGUUUUAUCAGCCAUCAUUUCUGCUAAGAACAUUACCUUUCUCAUCUCUCACUAUGUAUUUGCGAUUAUAGAACUGCGGCAUAUAUGAGCAAGUAAAUAGUAAUCGAAAAAAAA